CAAAAAAAAAAAAAAAAAAAAUCCCCGGACAAUGACUCAGUAAGCUUGAAAUGCAUCGACUUUGUUGCCACCUUCUCUCGGUGCGGGUGUGAUUCGGUCUCCCGGAUACAAGGGCAGCAGCGCGGUGUCGUCUCCUGCGACCGAGCCCGCGGCAGUGUACCUUUAAAAGGUUGAACUCGCCGGUGCACGGCCUGCGAACACUGGGAUUGUUUUCCCACUCGACUCAGCUGUGCGUAUCUUCCAGCAGUGACAUGGUAUAGAGACAGCAGCAGCAGCAGCAGCAGCAGCAUCCUGCACCAUGGACGCUCUCCGACAGAAGCGGAGCGGAGCUUUCGCCGCGCUGGACACGAUGCUGCCUGUGUGGAUAUUACUAAACGCGGUGUCGGGACUGAAGGCGGAGGACGACGGUAUGGAAGAACUUGCCACCGAGAAGGAGGCUGAGGAAAGUCACCGACAGGACAGCGUUAAUUUGCUGACAUUCAUUUUGCUGCUGACCUUAACCAUCCUCACCAUAUGGCUCUUCAAGCACAGACGGGUUCGUUUCCUUCACGAAACCGGUCUGGCAAUGAUUUACGGUUUGCUGGUUGGUGUGAUUCUGCGAUACGGCAUCCCCGCCACCAGCUACCACCACAAGACACCCCCGAGCUGCUCGCUGAAGGAAGGACCUGUCAGCACCCUGCUGCUUAAUGUCAGCGGCAAGUUCUUUGAGUAUACGCUCAAAGGGGAGAUCAACUCCAGAGAGAUUCACAAUGUGGAGCAGAAUGACAUGCUGCGCAAGGUGACGUUUGAUCCUGAAGUGUUCUUCAACAUUUUACUGCCUCCGAUUAUUUUCCACGCUGGGUACAGUCUAAAGAAGAGACACUUCUUCAGGAAUCUGGGUUCCAUCAUCACCUAUGCGUUUCUUGGCACUGCCAUCUCAUGUUUUGUGAUUGGGAAUCUGAUGUACGGCGUGGUCAAACUGAUGCAAGUGGUCGGACAUCUGACCGACAAGUUUUACUACACGGACUGCCUUUUCUUUGGUGCCAUCAUCUCAGCCACAGACCCAGUGACGGUGUUGGCCAUCUUUAAUGAGCUCAACGCAGAUGGGGAUCUCUACGCUCUGCUGUUUGGAGAAAGUGUGAUGAAUGACGCAGUGGCCAUUGUGCUUUCAUCGUCUAUUGUGGCUUACCAGCCCAGCGGUGCAAACACCCACAUGUUUGAUGCCUCUGCCUUUUUCAAGUCGGUCGGGGUUUUCCUCGGUAUUUUCAGCGGUUCCUUUGUGAUGGGUGCAGCCACAGGAGUCGUAACUGCUCUCGUUACCAAGUUCACCAAGCUGCACUGUUUCCCGCUGCUGGAGACGGCGCUCUUCUUCCUGAUGUCCUGGAGCACCUUCCUGCUGGCCGAAGCCUGCGGGUUCACAGGUGUCGUGGCCGUGCUGUUCUGUGGCAUCACGCAGGCUCACUACACCUACAACAACCUCUCUGAAGAGUCCACAAAACGCACCAAGCAGCUCUUUGAGGUCCUUCACUUCUUGGCUGAGAAUUUCAUCUUCUCCUACAUGGGUUUGGCUCUGUUCACCUUCCAGAAUCACAUUUUCAGCCCCAUCUUCAUCAUCGGGGCUUUUAUUGCCAUAUUCAUCGGAAGAGCUUUCAACAUUUACCCGCUGUCCUUCCUCCUCAACCUCGGCAGAAGGCACAAGAUCAAGGGAAACUUCCAGCACAUGAUGAUGUUUGCAGGCCUGCGUGGGGCGAUGGCGUUCGCCCUGGCCAUCCGAGACACGGCCACCUACGCCCGACAGAUGAUGUUCACGACCACGCUGCUCAUCGUCUUCUUCACUGUCUGGGUGUUCGGCGGCGGGACGACACCCAUGCUGUCGUGGCUACACAUCAGCUUUGGGGACACCGAAGCUUUACAGGAAGAGCAUCGUCGGCUUGGAAAGUGGGCGUACUUCAGGGUUGGCGUGGACCCGGAUCAAGACCAGCAGCCAUGUGGAGACAGCUUCCAGGUCUUACAGGGGGAUGGCUCCCAGGCUGAAGGACAGAGUAAAACCAAACAGGAGAGUGCGUGGCUGUUCAGACUGUGGUACACCUUCGAUCACAAUUACCUUAAGCCUAUUCUGACACAUAGCGGUCCACCUCUCACCUCCACUUUGCCUGCCUACUGUGGACCACUGGCGAGCUGUCUGACCAGCCCCCAGGCAUAUGAGAACCACGAGCAGCUGAGGGACCAUGACUCUGACCUCCUCCGUAACGACGGCGACCUGACCUUCAUGUUCGGCGACACCGCGAUCACAGCCAACGGGGCGUCCGGCGCCGGCGGGGACGCAGCCGGAGGCUCUGGCUGGAGUGCCAACGGCAAAAGGAGCGGCAGCACCUCCGAGGAGGCGCUGGAGCGUGAGCUGGACUCGCGCGAGCAGGAGCUGCUAAGCCGCGGCACGCGCCUGGUUUUCCCCAUCGAGGAUCACGUCUGACCCCUCCCUUCCUUUUUUGCCCGCACUGUCAAACCACCCUGACCUGACACCCACCCCCAACCACAGACCGCCUCACCCUCAGCUGUCUCCACAGAGCGUCCAGUGGGAGUCAACAAGGAGGGCAGGGUACGGAGCAAAUCUGAGCUCCCUCCCGGCCCCGGGAGCAGAGCUCAAGGAGCAUUUCAUCCUCAUUACAGAGCUGGGGAUGAACUCUCCACGCUCUCAUACUGUGAUUUUACUGAUUGUUUCAGAAACCUUUUUAUGCAGGAUGUGAGGAUAAAAACAAAUCCUUUUGUUUUUUUGAACAUGUGACACUGUGUAUGUUCAUCUGGAGUGGAAAAGAAGUCGCCUGGCAGCCCUCCGUCACACCAGUGAGCGCUGAGAAAAUGCCAAGUGGCUUCGUUGUGAUCGCACCCCACAUCUAGAUGCUGAGACGAGGCUACGCUCAUCUCACAAACUCUUUAAUAGUUUAUAGAUAACGUGCACCGUCCAUCUAAAGCUGCUAUAACAGGCCAGUGUUUGAUAUCUUCUUUGUUUCCUCUGUGUGGAGGAGAUUGUGACAUGUGAGGAGCUCAGCAAAGGGACGCGAGUGAAUGAGCUCUCAGCAACCACGGCAGCCUGUCAUGGGUGAAGUAACGGGUGAAGAAUGUGAGCAUGUAAAUAGCUACAAUGCUUCGCUUUGUUCCUGUUCAGAGGGACUGCUUUCUUUUAGUGCAUUACAUCCCGUGACUGUUACAAAUAGCACCUGUGGAUCUCGUCUUUGAGGAUUUCUUUUUUUUUCUUUUUUCUUCUGUGUACUGGGCCGCUUGUCACAACAAUAACAUGCAUAACGAAGUGUUUUGAUGCUAAUUAUCAGGAUCAUCUAUAGAUGUUGGAUUGCAACUAACUGUUUAUCUCUCAAUCAUUUAUUUUUUAUUAAUGAAUCAGUUGUUUAGUCCAGAAAAUGGUGAAAAAAUCCUCUUAAAAGCCCAAAGUUCAGCCAUGUUCAGUUUACUGUCAUAGACGAUAAAGAAACUAGAAAAUAUUCACAAUUAAGAGGCUGAAAUCAGAAGAAUUUGGCAUAUUUUCUUACAAAGAUAAUUGAUUAAAUCGAUUAUCAAAAUAUUUCCGGUUAAUUUAGUACUUCACAAUCAGCUAAUUGUUGCAGCUCUACUGCCGGUCAUCAUCUCGAUUAAUCAGUUAGUCGUUGUGUGGUGAAACAGUUCUCUUAAAAGCGCAAAAUCUCGUCCGCAAAUGUCUUGUUUUGUCCACAACCAAAACACGUUCAGUUUACUGUCACAGAGGACUAAAGAAACUAGAAAUUAUUCACAUUUUAGAUGCUGAAAUCAAAGAAUUUGGACAUUUUUCUGAAGGAAAAAGUCGAUUAAUCAAUCGACAAAACAGUUUGUGAUGAAAUUAAUACUUGACAGUUAGUCAACCGAUUAAUCAUUGCAGCUCUGCUACUGCACAUUUUCUGGAUUAAUCGAUUUGUUGUAUAUCGUCUAUUAAAUGUCAGAAAAGUGUGAAAAAUGUGCACCACACAUUGGAUAAAACUGGAUCCAGUGAACGUUUGACAUUUUAUUUUGAAAGUUUUACUAAGUGGUAUGAUAGCAUGUUCAGUCCAUGAGGGAGAGGUUGCAGCACAGCAUGAGAAGGGCUGCGGAGUAGUUCUUCAAACUUUUCUUCAGAGUUUGUGAAGUGAAACUCAAAACCUGGAAUUAAGAAGAGCCUUUGAUGCCAAUAAUAAAAGAAAGUGCUUGAGCAGUUCUCGCCCUUUACCUGCAUCAACAACAGUGUUUAUACUAUAACAAGAGUGUAUCUGGGAUAGUUAGCCCAUGUAUUGACCUCAGAUACCUGUUGAAAAUGUUUGACUUGGUCUCAUAAAUCGCCAUCAAACAGGUUAUUAUGGGAUAUUUUGUAAAUCUAGUGUUUCAUCUGUUGUUUCUAACCCUUAGUUCCUGGGUUAACUGUAAUAUUGACUGUAUUAUUGGACAUAAGCUCCAAAUUUGUUUUGUCCCGUCCAUGUUUGAAGCCUUGAUUUCAUCAGCCAUCAGUGGACAUAUUUUAUAGAACGUCAUCCAAAAGCUUCGAUAUUUUUUUGAGGAAAUUUUGUUUUGUGUUUGUUGAUAAAUCAAAUAUCUUUCUCACAUCUGUAAAAUAUGAAGCUGCAGCCAGUUAGCUUAGCUUAGCACAAAGACUAGAAACAGGGGGAAACAACUAGCCUAAUUCAGCCUUAUAAAGCCAACUAAUUAACACAUUGUAUCUAUCUCUGUGUCUAGUUUUAGUGUUUUUAAUAUGUAUAAAAACUAAAAUGUAAAAACCUGUCGAUCAAAGUGGCCAUGAUGUUAAUUCUGCAUAACUUUAA